AGCAGCCGCUGCCGUUGUGGUGGAUCAUAAUCGUCAUGGUCAUUGUCAUUGGAAACGGAUGAGGCAUUCGCGUCAUCAGGAUGAGGAGGAGGAGGAGGAAGUGGAGCAUCAACAGCAGCAGCAGCAGCAGGAGGAGGAGGAAAAGCGAAAUGUGCAGGAGGAACUGGAACAGGAUCAGCAACGCAAUGUUCUGCGUCGCGUCCACGAUGCAGCCAUGUGGAGCUGAGGAUUCGGUUAAUCCAGAUUCAUAGCUGUACCACGUAUAUAUAUAUAUAUAACAUAUGCCCCCCGCCCCACCCCAUUAUCACCGAAUUCACACACCACAAAACACAUCCAAGAGGGUGAAUCGAUUUGCGUAGGAUGCAAAAAUCAAUUUAUGAACAAUUCUAACUAAUUUCGCUGUGAAAACUUUAACGUUUUGGAGCUGCUCGUAACAGAAAAACGAUUUAUUCGUGCAAAACCCACAGGAUAUGUCUUGUAUAAUCAAAAAGGCAUCAGGAAAAUAUCAACUUUAUGGGGGUAAAACAAAAUGGUAAUGAUGUAAUAGGUUUUUGCAAUGGGCUUUAAAAACAUAGAUUCUUAGGAAAAUUAGUUUUGAGUGAUUUAUCAGCUGGUUUUUUAAAUAUCUGGUAUUAUUCCACAGAAAACUAUGCAUUUUUUUUUGUAAAUCUCCAAAUUAGAGUUCUAAGCUGACAUUUUGGACCUUCCCAAAGGAAAGAAAGAUUUGGGGGGUUUUUUUUUUUUAUUAAGAUAAAAAAAUAUUGUACAAUUGAUUUGAAUUGUAUCGAAAGUUUUCAAAGCCAAAUUAUUUAGAAUUAUUCAUAGAAGACUCUUCCAGAUUGUUCUUUUUAACUAUUUUGCAACGCAAACAGGUCGAGCCGCCCUAAUAUUUAUACAUAUAUAUUGCUAAUAUAUACCAGAACACAUACUUAUCCUAUAUGUCCACCAUAUAGACAAUUUGCUAUCUCUGUUGCGCUCGUGAUGAUCUUAUAACGUGAUCUUAAGUCUAAAUCAAUGUGUAAAAUGUAAUGUUUGUUUUUAACUUGCUUUCGUUCAAACCUUUUCUCCCAGUGUGUAAUUUGCCUCCGUUUCCGUUUGUUGUAGUUGUUUAUCUUGUCUCUCGCUCUCUCACUCUGUGUGUCUCUGUCUCUGUUGCUCUCGUGCCCUCUCUGUCACUGUCGCCCCGUCUCACUCUGAUCUGUUUAUACGAAGUGUGUACAAUUUUCGCCCCCACUUUUAGUGUAAAAAACGAAGAAAAUCUCAAAUGAACUUGUAACUUGAUGUGAAACACGAAUUGUUUAUUAUAAGUUUUAAUUUUUACAUAUCAUUUAUUCUUAUUGUGUACUCUAAUCUCUUGUUUUAAAUUUCCGCAUGGCCCAGCAGCACAUUGUAUUUUCUAUUGCGAACCCUAAUUUUAGUUGUAUAGUUUUGCAUUUGAUCUCUCGGCUUUAGUUUUUGCAUUCAAAGCGAAAGAAAAUUCAGUUCCUGUGUAAUGGCAAAGAUAACUUGAGAAAUUGUAUUAUAAUUUAAUGGACUAGGCAAUCGAUGUGCUGCUGUCAUGCGGAAAGAAAUGCAUAUGUAUGAACCAUAUCUUUCUGUCACUCGAGGAUCCUUCAGUAUUGGCUCCAAAAACCUAAUCAAAACAAAAAAGAAGAUACAAAUAAGUGAAAACCGCUUUAAUUAUGCUUUUCGUUCUUUUCUUUUUUACUUUUGAUUAACACUUUGUUUUUAAUUACCUAAACCGCAGUAUUUGUUUCAUAUAAUUCGAGAAUCCGUAUCGAUUUUUUGCGUAGUUAGUUUGUAAUGUGUUAAGGUAUUGAUUUUUUUUUUUUUGAUUUUUUUAAAAGUUCUUAUGUGCAAUCUCCCCCCAUCACUGAAACUGAACUUUGACCUCUUUCUCACCUUCGCUCGAACACCUUGUGGUUACCUUAAUUAGUUGCUAAGUACCCACGAUGAACACACGAAUACAUUAAACCACCCACACGAUACUUGA